AUGAAGGGCGCAGGGAGCAGCAGUAAGAAGAGAAAAUGGGAUGCGGGUAGUAAGAGUUCAGGGCUUCCACAGUGCCGGCAGUACGAGCAGAGACACCAGGGGCAGUGUCGAGAUGUACGUCGGGACGUGUGUUAUUGUUGUGGUCAGCCGAGACAUUUGAAGAGGGACUGUCCACAGGGGCCUAAACCGGCUACAGGGCAGGAUAUUAUUUGCUUUCGCUAUGGACAGAGGGGCCAUCGAGCGAACGUGUGCACCCAGCCAGCACAGAUUGGAGGGCUACGGACUGGAGGUGUAGGGCCCAGACAAUUUGCACCUAGGGCGCAGGGUCCAGGGGAAGGCGUUUGCAGUGACAGCCGCCGAGGCAACUGA